CAAACCCCGCCCCUUCCGGCGCAGCGGCCGCCCCCGCGCCGCCGCCAGUCGCAGCCCGGCCCGGCGGUAAGAUGGCGGCGGUGGCCGAGUGCGAUGUGAUCAUGGCGGCGCCCGAGGGACCCGGCGAGCCCGAGAGCGAGGAGGAGACUCGCAGAGAAGCAGAGUCGUUCAAGGAACAAGGAAACGCGUACUACGCCAAGAAGGAUUACAACGAAGCGUACAACUAUUACACGAAAGCCAUAGAUACCUGUCCCAAUAAUGCCAGUUAUUAUGGCAACAGAGCUGCCACACUCAUGAUGCUGGGGCGAUUCCGAGAAGCACUGGGAGAUGCUCAGCAGUCUGUCAGACUGGAUGAUACCUUUGUAAGGGGCCAUCUACGGGAAGGGAAGUGCCAUCUUUCCCUAGGGAAUGCCAUGGCUGCCAGCCGCUGCUUUCAACGAGUUUUAGAACUGGAUCAUAAGAAUUCCCAGGCACAGCAGGAGCUGAAGAACGCCACUACUGUGCUGGAGUAUGAGAAAAUAGCUGAGGUGGACUUUGAGAAACGGGAUUUCAGGAAGGUUGUGUUUUGCAUGGAUCGUGCUUUGGAGUUUGCUCCUGCUUGUCACCGGUUCAAAAUCCUCAAGGCUGAGUGUUUGGCGCUACUGGGUCGCUACCCAGAGGCACAGUCUGUAGCAAGUGACAUCUUACGGAUGGACUCGACGAACGCGGACGCUCUCUAUGUGCGGGGCCUGUGCCUGUAUUAUGAGGACUGUAUUGAGAAGGCAGUGCAGUUCUUUGUCCAGGCUCUCCGAAUGGCUCCUGACCACGAGAAAGCAUGUCUUGCCUGCCGUAAUGCCAAAGCACUUAAAGCGAAGAAAGAAGAUGGGAAUAAAGCAUUCAAAGAUGGAAACUACAAACUAGCAUAUGAACUGUACACAGAGGCACUGGGGAUAGAUCCCAAUAAUAUAAAAACAAAUGCCAAACUGUACUGCAACCGGGGGACGGUUAAUUCAAAGCUUAGGAAACUUGAAGAAGCAAUAGAUGACUGCACGAACGCAGUGAAACUGGAUGACACGUAUAUCAAAGCAUACUUGAGGAGAGCACAAUGUUACAUGGACACAGAACAAUACGAAGAUGCUGUAAGAGACUAUGAAAAGGUUUAUCAGACAGAAAAAACAAAAGAACACAAACAGCUUCUAAAGAACGCACAGGUGGAACUGAAGAAGAGCAAACGGAAAGACUACUACAAAAUCCUUGGGGUGGACAAAAAUGCCUCUGAGGAUGAGAUCAAGAAGGCUUACAGGAAAAGAGCACUAAUGCAUCAUCCAGACCGACACAGCGGGGCAAGUGCAGAAGUACAGAAGGAAGAGGAGAAGAAGUUUAAGGAGGUUGGAGAAGCCUUUACCAUCCUGUCAGAUCCCAAGAAGAAGGCUCGCUAUGACAGCGGCCAGGACCUAGAAGAGGAUGGAUUGAACAUGGGAGACUUUGAUGCAAAUAACAUCUUCAAGGCCUUCUUUGGUGGGCCAGGUGGCUUCAGUUUUGAAGCUUCUGGGCCUGGAAAUUUCUUUUUCCAAUUUGGCUAAAAAAACCCCCCAAACCAAACCACACAUACCUGAUCUGCUUCUUUUAACCUUGAACACGGACAUACUUAGACUCCUUUCCUUCGUCAUGUCUCAUUGUACUUAGAGCAGUUUCAUUUUCUCGGUUGGAGACCUCUGUUUUGUGUGCUUUUGUGUGAAGAGGAAACCAGCUCGGGGAGGGGAAGGCUUGUGACUUCUGUUUUACUGUUAACUUUAUUAAAAAAGAGAAAGAAAAAUAAAGCUUUGAAUCUCUUGGUCCCUC